AUGCGCGUCAGCACUGAAAUUCUCUUGGUGAAAUGUCGGAGAAGGAGUUUUAUGAAUAGAGCAAUCUACCGCAGGCUGAUACUCACUUAUGGAUCCAAUAACUUGGUAGAUUUCAAUGCAAACAAAACAUCACAAGCAUGCCUUUUCUCUAGAAAAACCGAUCUCACUCCCAACAUAAGCUUGUCAGAAGUAACCAUACCUUCAAAGACAUCCAUUUCGAUGCUUGGUAUUACUAUCAGCAAUAAUAACCUUCCUUGGGAAAAUCACGCGCUUUUUGAAGAGCACGGUGAGCUGCUGAACCUCUUCGAGAAAUUCAAAGAGCUGAAGACCAAAGAAGACCAAGUGAACAGCCUGGAGCUGGCAGAGCACGCUAGCACUGUGAUGAACACCUUGGACGAGGGCAUCAAGGGUCUGGACAACCUCGACGCCUUCUUCGAGUACCUGCACCAGGUGGGAGCCUCCCAUCGCAGGAUCCCGGGCUUCAAGGCCGAGUAUUUCUGGGUAAGGAUUGCUGAUCUAUUGGCAACGAAUGGGAAGGCAAUAGAGAGUUGA